GGUGGUAACCUCCUCCAUGCAGACGGAAGUUAUAUGAGCAAAUCACAUCCGGGGUCAUGAAUUUCGAGUUGUCUCGCGCGAAAUCAAGAUGGCGGGUGCUGUAGCUAACAACAUGGAUAGCAUGAGGAGUGCCCUGGAGGAGUUUAUUUCUAGAGCUAAUGAUGUUAUAGAAAUGAAGCUAGUCCGUUCUAAGGAGGACAUUGAAGAUUCUACCAGGUCCUUUGCUCCUGAAUUCACACAUCAGAUCUUUGGUGAAAAUGAAACGGUAUUUGGAUACAGAGGUCUGAAAGUGCAGCUGUACUUUUCAGCAGCCAGGCUUACACCUUACCUAACAUACACAUUUGAGGAGAAGGUCAAUCCAAAGAAGUUUGAUGGAGUACAAGCGGACCCCAUUCUCAAGCCCAUCGUGGAGAAGCUGGAGAUCACGCCCAUGGACAACCUCGACCGGUUUGUCGCCAGCCUGGACGAAGACGUCGGCUUCCAACCGAUGGGGGACCUCCUCCACUCCUACUCCAACACAGACGAAGCCCACGGUGCCACGAGACACUUUGAGAUCUACAAGUGCAACGUCAUGACCCCUGGAUUCAAGGAGUUCCACUCGCACCUGCAGACGUUCUUGUGGUGGUUCGUGGACGCGUCUUCUUACAUUGAUUUUGAUGAUGAGAGGUGGAUGUACUAUACAAUCUUUGAAAGGUAUCCCCACGAUGGAACAAAGCGGUACUCAACAGUCGGUUACUCAACGGUCUACAGGUACUAUGCCUAUCCAGAUAAGAUCAGGCCAAGGAUAAGUCAAGUCCUGAUCCUCCCACCAUUCCAAAGACAAGGCCAUGGAGCUCAAUUCUUAGAGACCAUGUAUGCAGACUUCAGGAAAGACACGGAAGUGCUGGAUAUCACAGUGGAAGACCCAUCUGAUGAUUUUGUAAGGCUGAGGGACUUCAUAGACUGCAGGGCCUGUGCCCAACUUCCUUCCUUCGCACCGGAGAACCUCCCCAAAGGAUUGUGUGAUGCCAUGGAGAAAGAAGCUCUGGAGAAACUCAAGUUGAACAAGAAACAAGUGAGGAAGAUUUACGAGAUCCUGCGGCUCAAAUCAACAGACUACAGUAACACAGAGCAUGCCAAGGCAUACAGACUGGAUGUGAAGAAGAGACUCAAUAUUCCUUUUCAAAAACAAAAGGCUGACUAUGAGAAGCUGAAGAAGGUGCUGAAGCCCGAGGAACUGACGGCAGCAGAAGAAGGGACCAGUCUGGAGGAGAGGCAUCAGACCCUUGAGAAGUGGUUCCAGCUCCUCCUGGAGGACUACCGCAAGGUCCUUGACCGCCUCUCGAUGUCCGACUGAUGAUGGUCGAUUGUGAAAAUAUACCCCAUGGAAUUGAUUGUAGAUGUAAGAACUGUGAGGGUUCUGGAGUUGACGUGCCAGCAGCCAAAACUGAACAUGUGAAAAAGAACACUUUAUUGUCCAACGCUGCAUUAAUUUGACGAUUUCUGGCUAGGGAAAGCUCACCUUAAAGGUUAUUCAUCCAUUCUCCUCUUCCUAUUUUGCAUUAUUUUCAAGUUGUUAAAUUGUAUCCAUUCAGACUAGUGAAAAGUUUGCAUGAAUAUAGAGUAGGAGUAGGCCUACUCUGUGCUUUUUAAAAGUGCUUGUCAGGUGGACAGAUUUUGUUUGGGGGGGGGGGGGGGGGGGAGGGGGGAGCUUUUGGUUUUGUUGGAACAGAAAACAACCACCUACACACCAUAAAAUGGCAUUGGACAAUGAAAUUGUUGAGUAGAUCAUUUUAUACAAAUGUGAUUAUGUGUAAAUUCCAUUUAAUGGUCCUUUACUUGUUAGUUGCCAUUUCACUUUGCCAAGUACAUUAUUCAUGUCUACUUAAAACUAGACAUCCAGUAUCUAUGUUGCUGUAUGGAUUAUACAAAUUCAUCCAUUAAUUAUGGUUAAUGAACAAUGUGCAAGAAUAAUUUGGGUGAACAGAGAGGCUCUACUACCUCAAGAUAUAAAACCCCGGGUUCACCUUCAGAUCAGCGCUUAACCACUUAUUUAUUUAUUUAUUUUCAGUUUUAUUCAAACAGGGUUGCCACUUCAGUUUAAAAAAUGCUGUCCUAGAGGGCCCUGAAUAAAAAAAAAAAUACAAAACAAAAUUAUUGAUACAAAAUAUACAAUUGCAUACUAGACAAUCAUAAUGUAGAACUUACAGAAAUAGAAUUUACCACAUAUUAAAGCUCACAUAUACAUUAGUAUACAAGAAAAUGACUUUAAAUUUGUACUUAAGAAGUGAAAUGUGGAGAGAAGCAGACAGAAAAAGAAAUGGAAGGUUGGAUAGUUAUGACAAAGACGAAAAAGAAAAGGAGAAAACAGUGAUAGAAGGGAAGGCGACUGUGAGAGGAUGUAGGUAGUAGGAGUAGGUAACCGUUUGUUUGAUAAUGGAGGUUGACAGGAUGGUAUUGAGUCUACAAACAUAUCAUCAUUACAGCAUAAUUUUAUAACUUAUAAUUUAUGCUUUUAUUAUGUAUGCUUUGUAUCAUAGUAGGCUUAGAAAUAAUGAACAUAAAUUACUUUGGAUCUGGAUAAGAUGCAUGAUAUGUAUCUAUUUGAUUUUGCAGCAAUUUGAGACUUAUUGAAAGGUAGUGUGAGAACCGAGGAAGCAGUAGAAUUUUAUCUUAAAAUGAAUUUACAUCAGAUAUCACACUUCUGCGCACACUUCAACUAUCUUACGGUUCACACACUUGUAACUAUCCAAUUAGUUUCAGAAAAGUAUAACCUGUCAAUGAUAUUUACCCAAGAAAAAUAGAAGUAACCCGUUUUAUGCAGAUUCCCCUUUUAUGUAGAAUUGUUAGAAUUAAGUACACAACAAAACAAGUGGUUUGUAUGGUACCGGAGUUUGGCUCAUGUGGGAGAUAAGUUGGCAGACUUGCAUUAGACGAGUGAUUUUUGUGUAAAAGUACGGUAAUACACUUUUAAUUUCCUCUUGGGAUAUCUUUGUGUCAAGUUUUUUCAUUUGUUCAUUUCCAAGUGUCAUGGAAUGAUAUUUCCAGAGAAUAUCAUAGAUAUUUUAAUACAAAUCUGCAAAUUAAUGAUAUAUUAACCCUUUAUGAGGUACUUUCACAAAAUUUGUGUUUCCUAUCGACCAUUCAUCAAAUCUAUGAAAUAUUGAAUUUUAUCUACUUUGUUACAGAAUGAAAUUGUGGUCAUUCAAUAUUUAACAAAGCUAAUUAAAUUUGAUGUACAGUUGAUAGGAAACUUAAUUGUUUUGAAAGUACCUCACAUUAGUUUAAAUAUUUCAUCAAAACACUUGGAAUUGACCUUUAUGGUUUCUAUAAUUGAUUUUGUACUACAUGUGGUAGUACAAAAUACAAUACCUCAAGGAUUAGCAAUAGGUGUUUGGAAAGUUUUGUUUUGAUGUUGGUGCUGAACGACAAUGUAUGUGGAAUAAGACUGAUUGAACAACGGUUUUAUAAUAUUUGAAGGCAUUAUUCUGUCCCACCAAUACGAGUAGGUUCUCAACUGGUAUGCUACGUUAUACAACCUGGUUACAAUUCGUCAUUAAAAUUUGCGUAAUCAUGUACAGUA